AUGACUCCGAUUUUCAAAACACUACAUUUGAGUGAUAUUCCUGAAUCUCAAAAACCUAUAUUACCUGUUGGGCUUGAUUAUAAGAAAGCCAUAUCCGAUUAUCUCAGAGAAAUUGACUUUUACAAUAAUGUUCAUCUUAUACUUACUGUGCCCGCUGAAUGGUCGAAUCGAGAAAUCGAUAUUAUGAGAGAAUGUGCAUUUAAUGCAUCAUUGAUUAAGAAGAAAGAUUCUUCCAAUUUGGAAUUUUUAACCGAACGUGAAGCUGUCGCAAAUUAUUGCAUGAAAAUUGCAAAGGAGUAUUUUAAUAUCAUUGGCAAAAAAUUUAUGAUUGUUGAUUGUGGAAGAGAAAUCGUUAAUUUGACAACUCGGGAACUAUUGGAGAAUGAAUUAGGUAAGAUUGUAUCAAGCCAUGGCGAUUUUUGUGGAGAAUCAGAUGUCGAGCAGCAAUUCUUAAAAUUCAUUACAAGUAAAGUUGGAGAUGGCGUAGUUGAACUAUUAAAAGAGAAUGAUGUCGGUCAUUACCAGAAUAUGAUUCGCCAAUAUUCUGAAUGUAUUCAAAGUUGUUUUACUGGAGAUAAAGCAUUCUUUUACGCACUUGAUCUAGAAGAAGUUUGCCCGGCUAUAAAACAAUACAUUUCAGGGGUAUCAAGAAGUUUAUUGGAAGAAGAUGAAUGGAUAAUUGAAUUUGAUUACGAAGUCGUAGAAUCAUUAUUUGACUCAGUUAUCAAAAAAAUCAAUGGAUUAAUACAUGAAUUAAAUUUAGUUGAACCUUGUUCGGCUAUAUUUUUAAUAGGAGAAUUCAGCGAAUCAAAAUAUUUACAAUCAGCAAUCAAGGAACGCUUUAAAAAUAUUGUCAACCAUAUAUCGAUUCCCCCCCAACCGACCUGUGCAGUUACACGAGGAGCAACCGAAUACGGAUUAAGAAAAACUACUCGUACUAUGAAAUUGACAAAUGAAAUAAACAUAUUGUUGCUCGGUGAAACGGGUGUAGGAAAAUCUACAUUUAUAAACGCCUUUGCAAACUAUCUAAGAUAUGAUACUCUAGAUGAUGCGAAAGUUGGGGAGAUUGCAGUCUUAAUUCCGUCACAAUUCACUAUAAUGGAUGAAGAUUUUGAGACGAAUAAAAUAAAAAUUGGCGACCAAGAUUCAAAUGAACAAACAGAAAAGGAAGGAAUGUCAGCCACCCAAGGAUGCAAAAGCUAUGUAUUUCCCGUAGACAAUGAUAUAUCCAUAAGAUUAAUUGAUACUCCUGGAAUUGGCGACACUAGAGGAAUAAAUAAAGAUAAGGAAAAUUUUGGAGAAAUUUUAAGACAUAUUAGUCACUACGAGCACCUAAAUGGGAUCUUCAUUCUUCUAAAGCCCAAUAACGCACGACUGAACGUAGUGUUCAAGUAUUGCAUACAAGAAUUACUAACACAUCUCCACAAAAGUGCUAAAGACAACAUUGUUUUCUGCUUUACAAAUGCUAGAUCAACCUUUUAUCGUCCAGGCGACACAUUACCGACACUUAGACAACAGCUUUCUAAUCUUAAUGAAAGAUCUGGCGUUGAAAUAAAGACAGAUAGAAAUACUAUGUACUGUUUUGACAAUGAAUCAUUUAGAUUUUUGGCAGCACUACGAAAAAACAUGAGAUUUUCGGAAAGUGACAUAAACAAUUUUGCAGAGAGCUGGAAGAAAUCCGUACAAGAAUCAUGGCGACUCUUCAAACAUAUUGUAUCACUUGAACCUCAUAAAACAGAAGAAACUUUAUCACUCAACAACGUAAGAAAGAAUGUGAUGCUGCUUUCCAAACCUCUUGCCGAAAUAGGUCAAUUAAUCCAAGUAAAUAUUAGCAUAAUCAAAGAUCAACAAAAGGAAAUUGAAAACUCUCACCAAUCCAUAGAAGAUUUAAGAAGCAGGCUUCAUACUGAACUUUUAGAUCUUACUCCAAAAAAUUUGGGUCAUCCUAGAACUGUAUGCACUAACAAGAGCUGCACAAAAACCAUUUCUGUCGGGAAGAAUUUAACAAAGGUGGACUACAUAACACAUUGUCACACACAAUGUUAUUUAAAAAAUGUUGAGCCUAAUUUAGUAAACAAUGCGGCCUUGAGAGAAUGUACAGCCAUGAAUAACGGCGAAAAUUGUGGAAAAUGUUCCUGUCAUUGGAGUAAACAUAUGCAUAUUACAUACGAGAAUGAGCAUAAAAUCAUAAAAGUUAUUGAUGAAAAUGUAGAAAAAUUGAUUAGAGAAAAGGUUUCUUAUCAAGAUACGAAAAAAGCGAUAAUAGAUGAUAAAGAACAAUAUAUAAGCAGACAAAAAGAAGAACAAAAAAGAAUAAGUUCUAUUAACAUCAAGCUCGCACAGUUUUUAAGACAAAACGCAAUCGCUGCUUACAACGAUACAUAUGCUGAAUACCUGGAUCAUUUUAUAAACGAAGAAAAAAUCAAGAAGAGUAGUGAUCCAGUCAUUUAUGAUGAUAGAAUUCUCAUAGGACUCGAAGCUGUAAAGAAAGAAUAUUCUGAAAAAAUAGCGAUCAUAAAAAAAGCGAUCGAAACCAAUGAUCCUUCCGUACAUCCAUUCUCUCUAAAAGAAAUUUCUGAUCUCGUACAAGAACUGUAUGAAUUGCCACUCAAUGGUCAAACUUUGAAAAGAAUAAAAAUGGAAGCAGAACUUGGUCGAAACUUUACGUUCAAAUACGAAGAAAAACGUUACGUGUCUCAAGGGAAUAACUUUUGGGAUCACAUCUUUAAAUAG